UGCAUUUGCAAUUCGGUCAAUUGCAGUUUUGCUCUCGAUUUAAUUUAUCGAUAAAAUACCAAUUUACAUAAUAAAAUCAAUCGGGUGAGAUCAAUUAUUUUCGGGUUAAAUUAGUUUUGAUUGGAUUGAUAGUAUAAAUACACAAGGUUCAAGUCCAAGGAAUCAUGAAAACAGAAGCAAUUAUUUUGUUUGCCUGCGCGCUUGUUACUGUCAAAAGUGAACCUCCUGCCUCUUACGGAGCGCCAAAUACAGGUUAUGGGGCUCCUCUUAGCGGACCUGGAGGAAACUAUGAUCAAAGUAGUCCUGGAGGAGGUUAUGGUGGUACCGGUUCAGGAGAGGGUUACGGAGGUGGACAUGGAAGUCAUGAAUCGCAAGAGCCACAAUCCUAUGAAUUCGGAUAUAGAGUAAAAGACGACUAUUCCGGGUCCAACUUCCAUCAAAAGGAAUCUAGCGAUGGCAAUCAAGUUAGAGGAGAAUACAAGGUAGCCCUUCCAGAUGGAAGGACGCAGAUCGUAACUUACUGGGCAGAUUGGCAAACGGGAUUCCAUGCUGAUGUUAAAUACGAAGGGCAGGCGACCUAUCCUCAAAAUAACAAUGUUCAGCAAGCGUAUGGACCUCCACAAGCACCCGCAGGUAACGGUGGUUAUAAUUAUCCCAGUCCACCAAGCAAUCAGUACGGAGCUCCUUAAAGACAGAAUGUUUAUACAGUUAUUCAUAAGGAAAUACUUUUUUAAGAUGUAAAAUAUUAAUUUUUGCGUGGGUUUCGACUUUUUCCUAACAGAUGUUAAUUUCUAACAUUAUUUUUUACUUUUUUAUUAAACGAAUGUGUUUCUGCAGUUAGUAUUAAGAUUAAACUGCAAGGCCAUCUAUUUUUUUAAAUAUUUACUUUUUGCUAUAAAAUGCAUAAUGUAUAAAUUUAAAAUUAUCAUUUGGUUUUUUAGGCUUAAAUCUCAUUAGACUAGUUUUCAAAAUUUGACAAAAUACAGGGUGUCGAAAUAUUCCGUAGACAUAGAACUACUGCAUAUUUUUG